AAGCGAGAGUUCGCUUUCAAAGAUGCCCUCUGCAUGUGUGAGGUCACCUGAAGUUCGCUGUCCCCUGAUCCUCCUGAACAUGAGGGAGAACUGGUUGGAUCCCCCAGCUAAGUGGCAGACACUGGUUUUGGUGGCCACAGGGGGCGGCCCAUGUGACAGGCACAUGCUAAGGCCUGCCAGUGGAGGAGGUAGUACCUUUGAAGAUGCCAUUGACCACCUGGCCACAGCCAGCCAGGGGCCUGGUAGCAGGGGGUGUCACCUGAGACAAGCCGUCCUGGAUGGCCUCCAGCAACUCAGGGAUAACAUGGGCUUCAGGAGGGACCCUCUGGUCCAGCUGCCCCACCCAACCGCCCUUAUUAGCUCCAAGUCCCUCUCCAAACCUUUGCCAAACUCCCCAGACCCACUGCUCUCCUCCUUUUCCCACCCUGAUUCCCCAUCUUCCUCAUCUCCACCAUCCACCCAGGAGGGGUCUGCCACUGCUAACAUGGCUGGAAGCUCCCCCUUGGUGCAAGAGGUGGGCUCCCCGAAAAACCCUGGAAAGUCCCUGCCACCCACACCACCAGUGGGACUGCCCCCACCCCAGGAGUCUGGCCGGGGGAACCCAUUUGUGCUGUUCCUCUGCCUGGCCCUCCUGCUGGAGCACCGCAACCACAUCAUGCGCAAUGGGCUGGAUGGCAACGAGCUGGCCAUGUGCUUUGACCGCCUCGUGCGAAAACGCCACUUGGGGCGGGCAUGUCCUGUGCUGGGCUAGGGCUCCUUUGCUGAUUAC